CUGUCCUUUCUCUCUCCUCCGACAGGGAGUCCUGUCAACCUGACGUGCAGAGCCUUCUUUGGAUACAGCGGAGACGUCAGUCCACUUAUCUAUUGGAUGAAGGGGGAUAAAUUUAUUGAAGAUUUAGAUGAGGAGCGAGUUCAAGAGAGCGACAUCAAGACGAUCCGGGAGCACCUCGGUGAGCAGGAGGUUUCUAUCUAUCUGACCAUAGAUUCUCUGGAGGAAAUUGAUCUGGGGAACUACUCCUGCUAUGUGGAGAAUGGCAACGGGCGGCGGCAGGCAAACAUUCAGCUCACCAAGAAAGCAGAGCUGAUGUACACGGUGGAGUUAGCGGGAGGUCUGGGAGCCAUCCUGCUCCUGCUGAUCUGCCUGGUGACGCUGUACAAGUGCUACCGGAUUGAGCUCAUGCUCUUCUACAGGAACCAUUUUGGAAGCGAAGACCUCGAUGGAGACAACAAGGACUACGAUGCUUACCUGUCCUACACCAAAGUGGAUCCUGACCAGUGGAGCCAGGAGACCAGAGAGGAGGAGCGCUUUGCCCUGGAGAUCCUCCCCGAUGUGCUGGAGAAGCAUUAUGGGUAUAAACUCUUCAUUCCAGACAGGGACUUGAUCCCCACAGGAAGUUUCACCAAUGAUCAUUUCCAGGAUGACACCAGACUGCUUAGAGCCUACAUCGAGGAUGUAGCGCGCUGCGUGGACCAGAGCAAGCGCCUCAUCAUCGUCAUGACGCCCAGCUUCGUAAUGCGGAGGGGGUGGAGCAUCUUUGAACUGGAGACGCGGCUGCGCAACAUGUUGGUGACCGGCGAGAUCAAAGUCAUCCUGAUCGAGUGUGCCGAACUGCGCGGCAUCAUGAACUACCAGGAAGUGGAGGCCCUCAAACACACCAUCAAGAUGCUGACGGUCAUCAAGUGGCGCGGGCCGUCCAGCAACAAGCUCAACUCCAAGUUCUGGAAGCAGCUUCUCUACGAGAUGCCCUUCAAGCGCAUGGAGCCCCUGAGCAUCUCCCACGAGCAGGUUCUGGACGUCAGCGAGCAAGGCCCCUUUGGCGAGCUCCAGACCGUUUCGGCCAUCUCCAUGGCAGCGGCCACCUCCACCGCCAUGGCGACGGCACACCCCGACCUGCGCUCGACCUUUCACAACUCUUGCCACACCCAGAUGAGGCAGAAACACUAUUACCGUAGCUACGACUACGACCUGCCGCCCGGCGGAACGCUCCCGCCUCUGUCCUCGCUGGGCAACCAGCACACCUACUGCAACAUCCCCAUGACGCUCAUCAACGGCCAGCGGCCACAAUCCAAGUCACCCCGCCAGCAGAGUCUGGACGAAGCCCACGGCAACAACGCCAUGCUGCCGCUGCUUCCCCGAGAGACCAGUAUAUCCAGUGUCAUCUGGUGA